AUCUUCAGACAUGAUUGACUUCUGGUAUCAUGGCUUCCACCAUAUUUCGGUCCUGUCACCUCGGGAGGCGCUUGCAAAGCCCGCGAUUCUCUCCGAGGAGGGUCCUCACGUCGCGUGCUCUUGCGCUCCCCGGAAGGAGUCGGCAGAUCCUGAAGAGAUGCACCGCCAUAGCGAUCGGUGGUCUCACAGCUUGCGGGACCUUCUUGUGGGUUCUUGACAGCUCCGUGAAAGCCCAACUCGAGAUCGAACUUCCUAAUUAUCCAUGGAGCUUCAUGGGGCUCAUCUCGUCGCUAGACCAUGCCGCCGUUCGGAGAGGUUGGCAAGUCUACAAGACCGUUUGCGCGACGUGUCACAGCCUCCAAUACAUCAGCUACAAGGAACUAGUUAACGUGACGCACACGGAAGAAGAGGCAAGGGCUAUCGCGGAAGAAGUCGAGAUAGAAGAUGGCCCGGACGCUGAGGGAAACUAUUACACUCGUCCUGGGAAAUUGUUCGAUCGGAUCCCAAAACCAUUUCCCAACGACGAAGCCGCCAGAGCUGCCAACAACGGAGCUCUACCCGUGGACUUGACUUUGAUCGUUCUGGCUAGGCACAAUGGAGUGAACCAUUGUUUCUCGGUGCUGACAGGAUUCAUGGAUCCCCCAGCCGGAAUCGAGCUCAGAGAUGGGCAAUUCUUCAACGCCUACUUCCCGGGCGGUGUCAUUGGCAUGGCUCCGAUGCUGGUGGACGGCCUCGUUGACUACGACGACGGGACUCCGUCUACGGUUCCCCAGAUGGCCAAGGACGUAUCCGAGUUUCUCACGUGGACGGCCUCCCGGGAGUAUGACACGCGGAAGGUGAUGUUCAUCAAAGGCAUCGGUAUCAGUUUGAUGAUACUCGCCGCGUAUACAUAUCUAACGAAACACAAGUGGGCGGCGCUGAAGACCAGUAAGAUCGCCUUCGUGCCCAAGCAUAAGUUUUGA